UCCUCCUCCAUCCCACACCUUCUCUCCACCGCAAAGCCGCCGUGACAGCUCCACAAGCCACAGGAAGAUAAAGCAUCCACCCUCCGCUCACCAGUCACCGGAGCCAGGAUUGUUGCUUAGGCGGGGGGAAAAAAAAAAAUUAUUGUUGUUAGUUGUUUGAUUUUUUUUUUAUGUGUGCGUGCGCGUGUGUUCAACCCGAGCAUGAAAAGGAUUGACAGGAUUGCCAAAUUAUCCGCAAUCCAGCACCGAGCACCGGAUGCUCCAGCAGAAGUUGCUGGCCAGCACGCAAGUCACACGGCCGAGAGGAGGGGAGAGUUGGAUUUGGGUCUCCGCAUAAUGGAGCGAGAAUGAACAGAGAGCGGCUGAAAAAAAAGCAUGAACUGGAGGUUUAUUGAGGUCAUCUGCUUCCUGUUUAUAUGGGACCAUAUAACAGUUCAGUCUUCCCGCCAGGACCCGUUGGCCACUGAGCAACAUGUCGCCAAGCAGUAUGACUGGCUCAUCUCCGACCGCGGACCGUUCCACCACUCGCGCAGUUAUCUGUCCUUUGUGGAUAGAUUCCGCCAAGGAUUCACGACCAGAUAUAAAAUUUAUAGGGAAUUUGCACGUUGGAAGGUGAGGAACACGGCCAUUGAGAGGCGGGACCUGAUCCGGAACCCCGUGCCGCUGAUGCCGGAGUUCCAACGCAGUGUACGCCUGCUGGGCCGCAGACCGACCACUCAGCAGUUCAUUCACACCAUCAUUAAAAAAUAUGGGACCCACAUUCUCAUCUCGGCCACCCUGGGAGGAGAAGAGGCGCUGACGAUGUACCUGGCCAAAAACAAGCUGGACAGGAAGCUCGCCAACGCCACUCAAAAUGUGGAAGCCCUCCACCAGCUGGCCUCCUCCUACUUCAUUGACCGCGAUGGCACCAUGAGGAAGUUGCACGAGAUCCAGAUCUCCACCAAUGCUAUCAAGGUGACCGAGACACGGACUGGUCCGCUGGGAUGCAGCAGCUACGACAAUCUGGACUCUGUGAGCUCCAUCCUUCUGCAGAGCCCAGAGAGCAAGCUUCAUCUGCAAGGUCUUCAGGUGAUUUUCCCAGAGUACCUGCAGGAGAAGUUUGUCCAGUCGGCUCUGAGCUACAUUAUGUGCAACGGAGAAGGAGAGUAUCUGUGCCGGAACAACCAGUGCAUCUGUCAGUGCGCCGACGAGUAUCCUCAAUGCAACUGUCCCAUCACCGACAUCCAGAUCAUGGAGAACACUCUGCUGGGGAUGGCUGAGUCCUGGGCUGCCUCCUAUAAAGACUUUGAGAACUCUGAUGAGUUCAAGUCCUUCCUAAAGAGGCUGCCCUCCACUCACUUCCUGCCCAUCAACAGCGUUCACCUGCUCUGGGGCAGCGACUGGGACCUGCAGGCGCGCUACAGGCUCCUCCAAAGCUCCCUGGAGGUGCAGCGGCUCAAGAUCCAGCGCACUGCCCGCAAGCUGUUUGGCCUCAGCAUCCGCUGUCACCACAAUCCCAACCACCAGAUGCCAAGGGAGAGGUCCGUGAUGCAGUGGCUCAACAGGGUUCAGUCCUUCCUCUACUGCAACGAGAACGGCUUCUGGGGGACCUUCCUGGAGAGCCAAAGGACAUGCGUGUGCCACACGGGCGUCACCCUGUGCCAGCGGCCCAUCCCGUGCGUCAUCGGCGGCAACAACAGCUGCGCCAUGUGCAGCCUGGCCAACAUCUCCCAGUGCGGCUCCUGCAACAAAGGCUACAAGAUGUACCGCGGACGCUGCGAGCCCCAGAACGUGGACUCGGAGCGCAGCGAGCAGUUCAUCAGCUUCGAAACCGACUUGGACUUCCAGGACCUGGAGCUGAAGUACUUGCUGCAGAAGAUGGACUCGCGCCUGUACAUCCACACCACGUUCAUCAGCAACGAGAUCCGCCUGGAGACUUUCUUUGACCCCAGGUGGCGCAAGCGCAUGUCCCUGACGCUGAAGAGCAACAAAAACCGCAUGGACUACCUCCACAUGAUCAUCGGUCUGUCCAUGAAGAUCUGCCAGAUGCGCAACAGCAGCAUCGACCCCAUGUUCUUCGUGUACGUCAACCCUUUCAGCGGGAGCCACUCGGAGGGCUGGAGCAUGCCCUUCGGGGAACACGGCUACCCGCGCUGGGAGAAGGUCCGCCUGCAGAACUCGCAGUGCUUCAACUGGACCCUCCUUUUAGGCAACCGCUGGAAGACCUUCUUCGAGACCGUGCACAUCUACCUGAGAAGCCGAGCCAAGAUCCCGACAGGGCUCCGCAACGACACGGGUCCGGUGGAUCUGGCCGAUCCCAACAAGCGGCAGAUCUAUAUCAAAAUCUCCGACAUCCAAGUGUUCGGCUACAGCCUGCGCUUCAACGCCGACCUGCUCCGCAGCGCCGUGCAGCAGGUGAACCAGUCGUACACGCAGGGGAGUCAGUUCUACUCGUCCUCGUCCGUCAUGCUCCUGCUGCUGGACAUACGGGAUCGGAUUAACCGCCUCGCCCCUCCGUCAGCGCCCGGCAAACCCCAACUGGACCUCUUUUCUUGUAUGCUGAAGCAUCGGCUCAAGCUGACAAACAGCGAGAUGAUCCGGGUCAACCACGCCUUGGACAUGUACAGCACGGAGAUACUAAAACAAUCAGACCACCUGACUGCUAAACUGUGUUGAUCACCUCAAACGUGCCCACGUCGGUGGGCUUUUUUCCUCGACUUUUGCUUUUUUUGGCCUUUUCUGCCUUUUUUGUGACGCGACUUUGUAAACAUACUUUCAAAAGAGGAGGAAAAGAGCUCCAGGAUGCUUCAAAGACUAAUACAAAGACUGUAACAUACGUGUCCCAGCAUGUCCGUCGAUCCCUCCGAGAACUUUUGUGUCAGAUUAAAAAAAAAAAUCAAAAAAAAAAAUCUAUGUACUUGUGAAAAAAGAGGCCUUGAUUUUUCUCCCGAGGGAUCAAAGGUGAUAUCUGAAACUGCCAUUCUUCUUUGAAACAUUUUUAACGGGGGGGGAAAAAAAAUGUUAAAAAAAUAAUCAUCGGAACACAAGGGCAGAUUUUAGUUGAGCUAACAUGCAGAAUAGGCGGCGAUGGUUUGAUAUUAAAAUGCGUUUAUAAAAGGAUUAAAAACAGCCCUAUAGUGUAGCCAACACAUUUAUUACGGCGUCUUUAUUACAUUUCAAACCGACGGCGAGUCGGCGAUGCCCUUUUUGCGAGUUACGAGGCACUCUGUCACUGUUCUGACACUGGAGGCGCACGCAGCAGGCGGCGGAGAAUGGAUCGUCACGUCCAGCAAAAGCCAGCUGUUUAUAUAUAUAUACAUAUACACUUAAUGUGGGUGGAUGUCUGCGCAUUACUUUAUUUUGACUCAUCUUUUGCUGGUAUCGUUAAAUGUGUGUCAUUUGAAGAUCAAUUGAACUGGGAAAAAAAAAAAAAGAUACAAAAAUACGAGCGCUUCUUUGCGUGUUUUUUUGGUUUAUUUAUUUUAUUUUAUUUGGAAGGUAAUGCUGUUCCACAAAGGCAGUAGCACCUCCGGGUGCACAAUGCCGUGGUCUCGAAAGUUUUAACAAUCAACGCUAUUUUGUACUGCUUUGCAUAAAAGAAAACGACAAAAAAAAAAAAAGUUCAUGUUGUGAGUGCUGGUUUGUGGAGCUUUUUUUUUUUUUUUUACUUUAUUUUAUUUAUUUAUUUUGUUUUUGGGAUUAUAUGUUCAUUGUUCAGGCAUAUUUAUAAAAAGCCAUAUAUCCGCCCCUCCCCCAAAUAGAUGUAGAGUAAGUACCAUAAAUGCUCUAAUUAUCACAGUUUUUUUUCCUUAUUUAAACCACAAAGAGGAAAUAUUGUACAAAACAGAAGCAACAGAACCAAUGUUGGAAGGAGCAAACCUGAUUAAUUCAUUGGGAAAAACAGUAUGGCAACCGACACGCUAAAGCGCAUGCAGAGGUAGAUACACGACAUUGCCAAAAGUAUUUGGCCACCUGCCUUGACUCACAUAUGAACUCAAAGUGCCAUCCCAUCCAUACCCAUAGGGUUCAAUAUAAUUCCGGCCCACUUUCUGCCGUUAUUGCAGCUUCAACUCUUCUGGGAAGGCUGUCCACAAGGUUGCGGAGUGUGUUUGUAGGAAUUUUCCACCAGUCUUCGAAAAACGCAUCAUACACUGAUGUUGGUUGAGAAGGCCUGGCUCAUCCCAAAGGUGUUCUAUCGGAUUCAGGUCAGGACUCUGUGCAGGCCAGUCAAGUUCAUCCACACCAGACUCUGUCAUCCAUGUCUUUAUGGACCUUGCUUUGUGCACUGGUGCACAGUCAUGUUGAAAGAAGAAGGGGCCCGCUCCAAACUGUUCCCACAAGGUUGGGAGUAUGGAAUUGUCCAAAAUGUUUUGGUAUCCUCAAACGUUCAAAUUUCCUUUUACUAUAACUAAGGGGAAAAAACAACCACCACACCAUAAUUCUUCCUCCACCAAAUUUCACACUUUGCACAAUGCAGUCCGAAAUGUGCCGUUCUCCUGGCAACCUCCAAACCCAGACUCGUCCAUCCGAUUUCUAGAUGGAAAAGCAUGAUUCAUCACUUGGAAGGUCACAUGAAGUUUGGAGCUGUGUUGAUACUGACUGUGCAGAAAGUCGGUGACGUCCUUGCACCAUGCGCUACAGCAUCCGCUGACCCCUUUGUGUCAGUUUACAUGGCCAACCACUUGGUGGCUGAGUUGUUGUUGUUCCCAAACUCUUAUAUUUUCUUAAUAUAACUCUGACAGUUGACUUUGGAAUAUUUUGGAGCGAGGAAAUUUCACAACCAGCAUUUUUGUUGCACAGGUGGCAUCCUAAGAUGCUGGAAAUCACUGAGCUCCUUAGAGGGGCCCAUUCUUUCACAAAUGUUUGUAGAAACAGUCUCCAUGCCGAAGUGCUUGAUUGUAUACACCUGUGUCUGGGUCAAGUGAUUAGGACACUGGAUUCUGAUCAUUUGGAUGGGUGGCCAAAUACUUUUGGCAAUGUAGUGUAGAUCCGUUCAAAACUGGUGGUCGGAGUUGGAAACGGAGACUUUAAUUGGAGCAUUUACGGAAUCGACCCAUUUAAUUUGGACAAAUGCUCGCACAGAACAUGACGACAUUGUCCGAUGUUUGUUGAUUUAAGGAGAGCACAGCAAAACAGCAAGUAUCGUAUGUCGGCAAGUCACUGAAUUUGUAUGUUGUUCUGCGGAGAAAUAUUUAAAAAAAAAAAAAGAAAAAAAAAAAAAUAUAUCAUAGAAAUAUAAAAGCUUAAAGUAUAUUUUAAUGUGGGAUUUUUUUGAAAUGAUUUUAUUUUGUAUUGAAACACUACCUAUGCGAUGUAUGUUGUCGGUCACUUUUCAGUUGUUACCAGAUGACAAUGUAUAUAAACCCGAUUGUUACCAACUUCACGUGUUUCACGGCACCAAAAAAGAAAAAAAGUCCUUUCACUGUAAAAGACGCCGGCCGAGUUGCAAAAAAUUCAGAAUGCAACUUUUUUUUUGUUUUGUUCUUAUCCCCGAUGCCUUUUUUUUUGGUUUGUUGUUUUGGUUUAAAUCGGUAAAUAUUGCUGCUUUACUGUUUAUUGUGACUGGAGUCUUGUGGGCAUUGCAGAGGCACAUAUUGCAUACACAAGUGUUUGUUUUCUGGAGUCCUUCAUCUUGCAAACUCGCAAUGAUUUCCCAUAAUUGCAUUUUUUUUUUUGAGUUGCUAGACGAUAUUUACUCAAUAGCCGACGAAAUGAUUGCGAGGUUCAAUGAAUUCCGCCUCGGUCAGCAGUGUAAUGGCGUUCUUCAAGAACGAUUAAUUAAAAACACACGAGUCCUUCUGAUAAAAUGGACCAUGUGAUGGGAAUUGAUGUGUUUUGCCCGACUUGGGAUUUGCAGCUUACUAGCAUGUUGACGUGGUAAACUGUGACAAAUAUCUGCGUGCACGCUAACAAAGUCUUUUAAUGUUGUGGUUGAGUUAACGAGGACGUAAAGAAACGUUUACAGCGUUUGCUUGUAUGUUUUACCAUUUUUUUUUUUGGCGGGGGGGUCUGUUUGUCGCAAGGGGCCCCGUCUACCUGUCGACAAUGUGCCUGAACGCUACUCGAAUGCUAGCAUCUCUUUCAGGACUCACCAUCUCUAGUCGUUUUGUUUGUUUUUCAAGAAAAAGCGCUAAACAAUCUGGGAUUUAUUGGCACUUUGCAUAAAAUUGGACCCUCCGUCAAAUUGCUACCACGUUAUUAAAUAAGUGCCUGUUAUGUAACCCUUUAACAUUAUACACAACUUUAAGAAGUUUGCACGAUAUCUUCACAAUGCUUCAAAAUAACACCGACGUUGGAUUUUAGCCCCGAUUCUACUGAACGUGUUAAAAACAAAUGACGAAUUCUCUGCCGGCGUUCUCAAGUGUCGAAAAACGAUACUGUUGGUCUCUCUUUCACGUUGUUUUUUGUUUGUUUGUUGUGUUGUCGAGCCACUGCAAGGUCCAUAAAACAAGCACAUGUAUGUGAUGGUUUGGUUUUAUAUGACAUGCAUAACAACAGCCUCAGGCGUAACACUCGUAAAAAUGCUAUUCUUUAAACUCUUGCAUCUAGAACACGGGGCAUCAUUCCGAUUUGUGACCAAGAUUGACUUUAGUCUUAUGCCUGCAAAUGUUGUUGUGCAUCCACUUGCAAUAUAUACAACUAAAAUUACCGGCAAUCAUUUUUUUUCCACAUAAUUGCAUAACGCUGCAGUACAUAGAAGUGUCGCUUACAUGUAUCCAUCAAAUGUGUCCGGAAGAACUCCGCACCUAAUACCUUGCCAAUGUAAUUUUUCGGGGGUUGUUUCAGUUGAUUUCAGCUUCUUUCAAUGAAUGUUUCAUAUUAUAAUCUAUUUCUCAUUAAAAGGCUAUAUUUAAUAAUAAUUGGCACGCGUAUUUCUGCACCGAGAGCUUUUCCUGCUGUUAUUCAAGAACAUGGUAUGACCUCCAGUUAGAAGGUUACGCUUCCGAUGGUGUGCUCAUGAUCAGGAUUAUACACACAGAAAAAAAAACCUUUGUUUUUGUUGAAGUGAAUGUAAGCCUGCAAAUGCAUUUACUAAUAUGUUUCCAUUUACUAUAAUUCACAAUCAUGCAAAAUUUGGAUUAGUUUUAACCUAAAAUGUGCCCAAAAAAAACGAACUAUGGGUAGUCAUACAGUAUUUUUUAUAUUUUUACAACUGAAAUUUUCUCACUUAAACAACU